GUGCACGAACUACACUGAAGUUGUGACUUCCAAGUUCCAAGGUGCUACUUCGAAGUGCUACUUGCAUGCGCAAGAGAGCCGGAGGUUCUGUUUCUCUCUUUGCUGGUGCUCAGUUUCUUCUACCGUGACUUGAUCGUCGACAUCGUGAAAAAGGUGCGUUCUCGACACGAAGUCACUCCUUGCGACGUCUAAUUGCACGUGUUAUAAUGUAUUCGCGUCACCGUUCGCGACUCAUUCACGCGUCAGCUGUCACGAACACGACGUCGACCACCCGAAAAUUCGUUUGAUAAACUGCAUGAGACACCAAUAAAGUAUAUUUACUGAGCACUGAUGGCUGUCAAGGGACUAGUCGCAGCGAUCGUUCAGUUUCUGACCGAUCAGUUGCAGGAUGGAGAUAUGACAGCAGAUUCUCGUGAAAGUUUGGAAGUAGCAAUCCAAUGCCUGGAAAGUGCUUACAGUGUGCAAGCUUCUGAUGCUCCAACUAGCUUCAGUCUCUAUAAUGUUUAUAAGAAUGCAGUGGAAAAUGCUACUUUAGGUCCAGAAGCUACAGCAGAAGCUAAGGCUGAGGCAGAGAGAUUGAAGAAUGAAGGCAACACAUUGAUGAAGACAGAGAAACACCAAGAAGCACUUGCCAACUAUACAAAAGCAAUAGAGUUGGAUGGCCGCAAUGCAGUAUAUUACUGCAACAGAGCUGCUGUUCACAGUAAACUUGGUAAUCACACCUUAGCCAUCAAAGACUGUCACAUAGCGCUCUCCAUCGAUCCCUCAUACAGCAAGGCUUAUGGACGAUUAGGUUUAGCAUACUCUAGUUUGGACAAGCAUAAAGAAGCCAAGGAAAGUUAUGAAAAGGCACUUGCGAUGGAACCGGAUAAUGAGAGCUACCGGAAUAAUUUGCAAUUGACGGAGGAGAAAUUGGCGCAUUUAGGUGUUAAUCAGGCUCUGGUGGGCGGUCUACCUGGCAUGGAUCUGAGUGCCCUUCUGAGCAAUCCAGCUCUGAUGAACAUGGCUCGUCAGAUGUUGUCUGACCCAGCAAUGCAGAAUAUGAUGUGCAAUCUUAUGACAGGCAAUGUGGAGGAAGGUGGUCGCAUGGAAGCGCUCAUCGAAGCAGGUCAACAAUUGGCGCAGCAGAUGCAGAACGCGAAUCCUGAGCUGAUCGAGUCGCUGAGACGGCAAAUGGGCGGCAAUCCGAGCGAUCCGGACCCGUCGCAGCAGAAUUAAAAAGCAGAAAAGAAAAGGCAUACGACUGAUUGUGUGUGAUAGAGGUGGACAUUAACGUUAUGAACUUAUUAACUACGGCUGACUCUCCUUCUCGCUCGUGUAAUCACGGGACGGUGUGUCGCAUUGUCGUAUUCUAAAAAACUAAAAAAACGCCGCAAACGAGGCGAGACUCACGGCUUCAGUAAUCCUUUCUCCCGACAUCAUGUUUUGAGCGACGUAAUGCGCAUUACUAAAGAGUUCGUUAGAUCGUAAAUUGAUCAGCAAUUACACACGCGAGAGAUCGUGUCUUCUGGACCUUCAUGCGACUGCGUGCAAGCGAAUUGAUAACGGAUACACGCGUUUUUUUUUCUUUUUUUCUAAAUACCGUGACAAUUUGAGGUUUUAGCGCAAUGCGACAUGCAGUUUAACGCAACGUUAUCCUUAGGGCAUUGUUUUCUUAGCUUAAACGUUCGAACGCUGCGUCGCUUAUGCGAGACGCAUGUAAUGCAAUUAAUCGUUACUUUCGUCCCGUCAAUAACGUAACAACGUUUUACAUCGACAUCUAUAUAUACAUAUAUCGAGAGUAUAUUGGACCACAAAUGACACUUUAUCGUUUAUUAUACCCCGUUUAUUAUAUGAAUAUAAUUGAUAGUCGAGUACGCGAGAGGUUGAAGAUUCGCGAAAACGAGAGUGGUUGGGCAUGUACCGAACACUUGGUCGGCAUCAGAUAUUUUAGAGAUCGUGUACAUUGUAGAGGACGAUUCUGUCAGGAAUUACCUUUUAUAAACGCGUGAUCGAAUCGCAAAUGUUCAUUGAAGUACCGCGCGGGAACUUUCGCAUAUAGUAUGCUUAGUUCCUCGGCGCUCGAGAGGAGAGCGAUAUGCUAAGUCUCAGAGAAUAAAUGGCAUCGAGAGCA